AUGACAUUGCACUUAGUAGACAUGUCUCAUGGUUGUAGAUCAAUCAUUUGUAAACGUGUUUUGAAAAGGAAACUAAAACCUGAUGGAACAAUUGAUAAGUACAAGGCUCGCCUUGUAGCCAAAGAUGAUCUACUCAUAUUUGGAUCAAACACUCAUAUCAUCAAUGAUGUGAAAUCAUUGUUGCGCAACAACUUUGAUAUGAAAGACCUCGGAGAAGCGAGAGUGAUUCUUGGUAUCAAGAUCACGAGAUUCGAGCAAGGAAUUUCUUUGGAUCAAUCACACUUUGUGGAAAAGAUCUUAAAGAAACAUAAUUACUUUGACUGUAAACCUGUGAUCACACCAUAUGAUCCAAGUGUGAAACUAUUUAAGAAUACUGGUGAAAUUCUCAGACAAACAGAAUAUGGGAGCAUCAUUGGCAGUCUUAGGUAUGCCACUGAUUGUACUAGACCAUACAUUGCAUAUGUCAGAUUUCCUGUUGUACUUGAAGGAUACAGUGGUGCAGAUUGGAAUACCUUAUCAGAUGAUUCCAAAGAAACUAGUGGCUAUGUAUUCAAUAUAGCUGGAGGAGUUUUAUCCUGA